UUUUUAAAACUCUGCAAGUGUUUGCGUCAUUCCCUGCGAAACCGAGGCGUCGGGACACUUGUUUGGCUUGGAAAGCUUAUUCAGAGAGGAUGGAGUGCAGACACCCUAUGUUCUGGGUGCCGACAAGGGGAGCGGUGAAGGGGAGGAAAGAUAGAAAGUGUUCCUCCGUGAGCUUGUGCAGAAUACAGGCCUCUUCCAACGCUGCGACACGAAGUACAAAAUAAAACACGGGCUGCCCUUCUCCCCUUACCUUUCUGAGCGCCAUUCCAUGAUCUAACCCAAGAUGUCAAUGCAAAAGCAUCGGACUAUCUCAGUCUGCCACCGCCGUUCAGUGAGCGCUCUGGGCUAUCACUUGGCACGCAGGGAGCUUCUGACCGGCUUCGAGGUCUUCAUGGUGGAGGGCACAUCUAACAUGCCAAAGAGAGAUACUAUGGAUGUGAUGGGAGAUGGUGCCAUUAAAUGGUGGGAUUUAGAGACUGGAUAUUCGACUUUUUGUGUCUCUGAACACACUGGGAUGAUCACACAGUUACUCUAUUGGGCUGAACAUAAACUCCUUUUCUCAUCAUCCAACGAUGGAACUAUUGUGGUCUGGACUAUCGGGGCCACCGUAUUUGACCGUAUUAUGUUAAAUGCCUCGGUAUUUUGCAUGGCAAUCAAUCACCGGAGACAUCAGCUCAUUUGUGGAUUCAAAAACCAGCUUAGAGUUUUUCCCUUGGAUGAAAAGAAAGACUCUGGACAUGUGCUUGAUCUGGGAAAGAGUUUCACUAACUGCAAGCAUAAAGACAUUGUGUCGGCUGUGGUUUGUCUUGACACCCGGAUAUAUUCUGCUGGAUAUGACAAAAAACUCAUCAUUUAUAACACCAGCUCGUAUCCAAACAGUAGAACCCUGCAGGUCAUCCAUUGUAAUUCCACUGCACAUGAUGCGGGAAUCACAAAUCUGAUGGUCGUUCGAGAAAUGGAGAGCACAAGGCUGAUGACUGGCUCCUUUGAUAAAAGUGUGAAAGUCUGGUCACAGGAUGGACAGCUGAUCUUGAAGCUCCCUUACUUUUCUGGAUUUAUAAGUAGCCUUUGUUUUGUACCUUGUGUGAACACUGUCUGGAUCUGCAGUGGCGUCUCAUCCCCUUCCAUCUUUGACCCAAGCUCCGGAGAAAUUGUUUCAGAGUCCAUUGAAACUUUUCAAAAUCAAGAGAAUAGGCAACCACUGCAUCAAUUGGUCUGUAUUCCUGAAACCAACCACAUAAUAGGUGCCAGCAGGGAACAUAAAGACCUGACAGUGUGGAAGUAUAAUAAGAUGGGUUCCAUCACAGUGUUACGUAGCAAGCAACCAGUGGAGUGUCUGAGUUACACCAAGAAGGAGCCAAUACUUCUUUUCAGUGGACACAGUGAUGGAACAAUAAUAAAAUGGGAACGACAACAGUCAUCUUACUUUCUCUACAGUCAUGAGUUGUUCAAUAUGUUUGAAACACAGUCCAUGGAAAAGAACAGCCACAGCAGCAGCAAAGUGGCUAGGAUCUCCAGUCACCACAAAGUCCUCUCGGCCCCACGUCCUGUAGGUGCAUCUCUAAGCAGAGUAGAGGGAUCAUCUGGAGUUAAGGAACUGUGCAAACCCACCAUCCCACCCAGCUUUACCAGGUCGGUUUAUGUGGAAGAGCUGGAUAUGCUGGUCCUUGCUGCUGACAAUGGCAAUAUUUAUCUUUGGGGCUUCGAUGACUCUCUGUGUAGUAUUCUCAAGAUGAUGCCUUCAAAAAGGACUCAAGAGCAGAAUAACACAAAGACUUUAGAACACUUUUCCAAGCAGAGUGUUGAGAGACAAUGCAGUCCCCUUGAAGAGGAGAGCGUUUUGGUUACUAACCGUGUUUCAGGGUUUGUCUGUAAGAAGGUGUUGUCUCAUCAUGUUCAACCUGUUGGAGGUAUUGCUGUGGUUGGAAGAGAUCAAGGCUACAACACUGACUACCUGAUUUCUGGUGGUUGGGACAGGCAUCUAUGUGUGUGGGAUCUGCAAACGGGUGUGCUGUACAACACCUUCUCCAACACUGCACCAGGUGAGGGUGGCAAUGUACAAGAGCUGGCCUGUGAUGGUGCCAUUUUAGAUCUUGCCUACAGCCCAAAGCGGAAUGAAUUUGCCUAUUCUUCAAGUGAUGGGAUGGUCUACAUUCGCCACUUCAGCCCCAUCACGAGUGAGAUGAAACUGGUGAGUGUUCUUCAAGGUCAUGAGGCUGACAUUACUUCCAUCUUGUGGCAUUCCCUCUUCAAUAAGUGGCUGAGUGGCUCAGAGGAUGGGACCAUCCGGAUCUGGAGUGAAGAUGGAACCCAAUGUGAGCAACUCUUGGCCACACACCGAGCAGUUAAUUGUCUUUGCAUUGAUCAGGUCAAUGGCUGUAUUAUAGCUGGGAUUCAGGAAAGAAUGAGUGUUUAUGACCCUGAAACAUUUAUAGAGGUGCAGAGAAAUAUUGGACACACUGAUUCAAUCUGUUCCAUCAUCCACAUCCCUGAAAGAACCCAGUAUAUUACUGCAUCCUGGGAUCGCACACUGCGUGUCUGGAAUGCUUACAUCAAGUUACCUCCCAAAACUAAAGAAAUUAUGGAAAAUGCAAAGAGUGCAACAAUUUGAGAUGAACUGUCAGUGGGACUUCAAGUUCCUUGGUGGUGUUUCCAUUUUGAAAUUAGUUUAACUUAUGCCAAAUCCAGCAAACCAUGAAGCUCCUUACCACCAGUUAACUAUUUAGUUACAUCAUUGCCAUGACUAAUUGAACAGAAUGUGACUAGAUGUUCCUGACUCCCAAAGUCCUUUAUGCCUCCAAGAAAAUACAAAUCACGUCUGAAGGAAUUCUCUCCAUUUGCCUGGAUGGUUAAUUUGUGACAGGAUCCAACACCAUCCCAGAUAAUUCAGUCUGCCAAUCGGAGAAACAGAGUAUAUCAAAAUCCGAUUUAUUAUCUUUGGCAUGUAACGUGAAAUUUGUUAACUUAACAGCAGCAGUUCAAUGCAGUACAUAAUAUAGAAGAGAAAAUAAAUAAUAAUAAUAAAUAAAUCAAUUACAGUAUACAUAUGUUGAAUAGAUUAAAAAAUGUGCAAAAACUAGAAAUACUGUAUAUUAAAAAAAAGUGAGGUAGUGUCCAAGGAUUCAAUGGUCAUUUAGGAAUCAGAUGGCAGAAGGGAAGAAGCUGUUCCUAAAUCGCUGAGUGUGUGUCUUCAGGGCACCAGUCACUCACUGAGUAUAACAAGAUUGUCCUGGAUUCAAAAACAUUAGGAUGAUACACAUUCUCUCCUUCAACUUUGAUGAUGUUCAUGGUAUGGAGAACAACAACGGAUGGCUUAUCCUUUAAAUUCAGUGCCUAGGAUUCACCUGGAUUAUUUAUCAGUAGUGCAAUAGUUAUUAUUUGGUAAUAUCUACCCAUUAUUUAUGAUAUUUCUUCUGACAUUCCUGAGACAGGAGAUUGUAAAGCAGAUGGGUUAGCUUGCCUUUGCUUAAAUUUCCUACAGACCUUCCAAUGAUGAGUUGAAAAAAAAACUGACAUCUUCUUUCUCUGGAGCAAAUAUUUUAAUGAAUUACUGUCUCCACUUGUUUUCCAGUUAACAAUAAGUAAAUCACCAUUAGCCUCCUAAUGAUUGACCUGAAACAAUUGAGUGAAAGAGCCACCAACUGAGAAAAGCAAAGUACUGCUGAUGCUAGAAAUCUGAGAUAAAACAGUAAUAUUGGAGUAGGUCAGGCAGCAUCUAUGGAGAGAGAAAGAGUGUCAAUAUUUCAGACUGAUUUCUAAUGAUAAGUCAUGGAACUGAAAUAGUAACUUUGAUUGUGGAGCAGCCUUGAUCAUAGCUUUAACAAUAUAUUUGUUCUCCUCACUACACCUGGUCAGGUAAAAUUAAGUCAGGUUGGAGGGUGGGGGAUGCUGGUGGAUAUGAAACCUGGCCUUGGUUGCUGAUGGCUGCAAUGUCGUGUUCAUUACUAGCAAAGUAAGUUUUUGUCUGAAAUGAUGGGUAUUUGGAGCCCCCGUCUGGUGAAACUGUGAUUCAACAUUUUCUACAUUGUGCCACAGCAAGAUACAUUGAAAAUCCUGCUGCCAUUUGAAAAAUGUAUAUAUUAUCACAAUAUGUAUUGAUAUUGUCAAUACGAAUCAAUGUCUUAAUAACAGUUGUAGAUUGGUCUUUGAAAUGAUGAUCAGAUGAGUGUGGAAUUAAUAUAAUAUUUUGGUGUUUGGAUAUCAGUAUUAUAGACAAAUUGUUAAAUUAUUCAACAACACCUGAUAUGUUCUCAGAGUUCUGACCACUAUUUUAUGUGAUUAUGCUAUUAACAUUUACCCACAGAAUAUAUCACAAGCUGAGCGAAGAUAAUUAUUUGUUCAUUCUUUGAUACCAUUCAUUUUGAUGACCCGACUGGCCCCUAUUGAUAUCUUUAAGUUCAAGUUCAGUUGUCAUUCAACCAUACAUGAAUACCCAUGAAUGCAGUCAAACGAAACAGCCACUCCAGGGCAUCAGUGCAAAAUACAGUACUGUAUUCUACAGUUAUAUGAGUAUAUCAGAUAUUAAACAAGAAUCAGGCUUCAGUUCUUAUUGUAAAUAUAUAUAAGUUCAGGAAGUUUGCAAUUAGCCUUCUUUUUUUUGUAAAUUGCAAGCAGUAAAUUGAAGUUAAAAGCUCAGACUGCUCCACAGACUAAGAGAUUGCACAUGCAAGAGCCAAACAUUAAAUGGGGCUGUGUUAAUUGGCUGUCAUUAAACCAGGCAAGAUGGCUAAGUUACUUGGACCAUUGCGACUUGAGUUCAAGCUGGCAGACCAGAUGAAUGUUUCCUCUUAGCAUAUCAAACAUGGUCACAGGUAGAGGCAAUCAAGUAGUUUUUUGUGUACUUACUAUAUCUGUGUACUCAGAGACAAGCCUAACAACAUCAAUUUUGGGUGUCAGGCUCUCUGUUGUCAAAAGGUUUUAGGAUAUUUGUACAAAUAUAGAUUCUCCCAAAGGUGUCUGGACCUUGAGAGGCGUCAUAUUAAUUACAAUGUGCUUCCACUGUGUAUCUCAAAGGAACGACUUAUCAACGCAAAGUAUUAAACAAUGUCAUUCUAACUAUUGAAAUUCUACUGUUAACUUUCUCUUAAGAGUGUAAACUGUGAUGUACCAUUGAGUUUGUGAGCCUCUCAAGAGUGUCUCCAGAAAGAUGUCUGCUCGUUGUGCUGAAUAAAGACAUCUAGAUCACCAGCUUCCGUGUCU